GUUUUUGCUGCUUUCCCAUAGAUUUUCCCUACCUGGCUGGCUCCAAAUCUGAUAACAUUUUCUGGCUUCCUGUUGCUUGUCUUCAACUUCUUCCUCAUGGCGUACUUUGACCCUGACUUUUACGCUUCUGCACCCGAUCACGUGCAUGUUCCAAGUCAAGUGUGGGUCAUAGUGGGUAUCCUCAACUUUGCGGCAUAUACACUGGAUGGCGUGGAUGGGAAGCAAGCUCGCCGAACAAACUCCAGCAGUCCGCUGGGGGAACUGUUUGACCAUGGCCUGGACAGCUGGGCCUGCGUGUUCUUCGUCGUGACCGUUUACUCCACCUUUGGCCGGGGACCCACCGGGGUCAGCGUCUUCGUUCUCUAUCUCCUCUUGUGGGUGGUUUUGUUUUCCUUCAUCCUCUCCCAUUGGGAGAAAUAUAACACAGGGAUUCUCUUCCUGCCGUGGGGAUAUGACAUCAGCCAGGUGACCAUUUCGUUUGUCUACAUAGUGACAGCGAUUGUGGGAGUUGAGGCCUGGUAUGCACCUUUCCUGUUUAAUUUCUUAUAUAGAGACCUAUUCACUACAAUGAUUAUUGGGUGUGCGCUCACAGUGACUGUGCCCAUGAGCCUGUAUAACUUCUACAGGGCCUAUAAAAGUAACACCCUGAAGCACAGGUCGGUGUAUGAAAUCAUGCUGCCGUUCUUCUCGCCAGCGUUGCUCUUCGUUCUGUGCAUGAUCUGGAUCUUCAUGUCACCGUCAGACAUCCUGGAGGUCCACCCCAGGCUCUUCUACUUCAUGGUGGGAACAGCCUUUGCUAACAUUUCGUGCCAGCUGAUCGUGUGUCAGAUGAGUAGCACCCGGUGUCAGCCUCUCAACUGGAUGCUGCUGCCGUUAGCCCUGGUGAUCUUUGUGGUGGUCUCCGGAGCGGCGCCGCAUUGGGAGGAUCUUCUCCUGUACCUGCUGACGGCGCUCAUCACGCUGGCGCACAUCCACUACGGAGUAGGCGUGGUAAGCCAGCUGAGCAAGCAUUUCAACAUCCGGCCUUUCUCGCUAAAGAAGCCCGGGACGGAUUGACUAGAAGCGGAAGAAAAGAAAAUCAGCCUGCAGUCUGCGCAAGUACUGUAAAUAACUGCUGCAAAUAGACUGUAAAUACUUCCACCAUCACCACAGACCUAAAUCUCUUCUGGACAGAUAUGGGGGGACAGUGGGGUCUAGACCCCGAGUGCCACUGAGACCACGUACAGCUGACCAGACACUGGGAGUAGCCUUCCCAGUUAUUCCUGUCUAACAGACCUGCCGAAUGGCCUCCGGUCCUGACUGCAGGUUGAGCUGGCUUGGGUAUGGAUGGCAUUGCUCAGAAUCUAAGCAUGGCACGGACACCAAAAGUGAUCGGCCCAUCGAGUCGGUAGCAGUGGCCUCGCUACAUCCGUAAGGGAGACGUCUGAGCAGCUAGGUCAGUGGGGAAUGUGUUAGCUGUAUAUGAAGCCCCCUGAUGCUGACCUAAGGAGCUGGCCACGCGCAUGUUCCCCAGCAGGUGCAGGCACGUCCACGCGUGCAAAAUGUUGUUUAGCGGCUGCAAGUGAUCUUCCACUAGGAUGACUUGGGAAUUGAGGGGUUCGGAUUGAGGCAGCUUUAGCACCCCCCCAUUUUCCCAGCUGUGGGUAAGUGGGACCACAUCUUGCCAGUAUUAUUCUUGUGAACCAUACAUUGGCCACCCGUGUUCUUUGCGCACGAGCCCAUGAAGGGAACUGGAGCUCUUGGCAGCAUUGGCUAUUGUGGGUGGCGGUUGGCUUUAUAACCGCCUGCAAGUGCUCCAAUAGCCCAUAGCCAAGACCUCCCUUGGGAUAAAUCCGUACAGCCUCAUCUAGUGUUAGUUGGCUUGCGGGGCAGGAGGGAGGCUUGCCUGCCACAGGGGGCUUGUCUCACUUCAGUCUGGCCGUGUGCACUACGAUUUGUGCACACGUCCACGCGAUGGGUGGGACGGACUCUAUAGAGACACUCCCCGUUCCAGAUAACUGAAUUGUGGCAAGUCCCCCAGCUGGGAACACACCUGAAUAGUUCUUACAACAGAAGACACGCACAUUUGCUUGGGGACCUUUUAUUUGGGGAAAAGUGGGUGACUUUUUUUACGUUUAAUUUAGGGCACACCUGUCCCGACGGUUAGGCCACACAUCCCGUCCAACAACAUCUUUGUUUACCAUCCAUUCAACCAUUUGCGUUCAGUGAUUUUUUUUAAUUCAUUUAAUUGAGUGGUGAUGAAGGCUGAGUGCUGAUUUUCUUUUCUGUUCAUUUUAUUUAAUGGAGACUUGUGCUUGAAUGAAGAGUGCAACCUAAACCCAGGCUCUGGACAGGCUGCACCCGGAAGUGAGCAAGCACAGCAAAUUAAUGCACUGUGGGAACAAAUUCACUCGUACCUUAGUAACAGCUUGGUCAGGGUGUGUUCCUUCUGUGGGUGAGAGAUCUCUCUCACUUAGGAAAACGUUAACUGUAAUUAGUAUUUAAUGUUUUUAUUUUGUACAUUCAAAUCAUUGACAUGCGAGUUACACAAAACACAACAACCAGAAGCCAGUUCACAGCAUUUAUUGUAAAUAAGUUAGUUUUUAUUUGAAUUCUCACUGUGGUGUGAUGUGCAAGAUCACAGCUGAUGGAUAGAGGAACCCAGCAAGGCACAGGAGAGAAUUUAAUUUCAAGCAGGAAGAUACCAUUAUUGUGUCUGUCUUUGUGUUCCCAUCAUGGUUUUUUGUGGGGGUGAUUGGACGAAACAUUUUAAUUAUUUUGUUAAUGUGUCGUGACUGUACAUCAGGAACUGGAGGCAGGUGUUAAUCUGGGAGAGGAAAAACCUUUUGCUUCCCUCGGAAUUUAUUCAAUAAGUAGCUUACUCUUGACUAUAUAUAUUACUGACAUUGUACAGAAAAACCGUAAGUGUACAGAGGAAUUGGACUGUGCUUGAAUUUUUGACUCUUGUACCUGUUGAAUUAAAUGUAUAAUUAUGGGCCAAUUAACUUGAAAUGUAUCACACAAGAAACCUUAGGAUUUUGAUGUUGAAAAUGGGACCGUUUAUUUGUGGAACGUUUUCCUGUUGCAGAAUCUGCCUUUGGGGCAGCGGCACGUUGCUGAGGUGGGUGUUGUUCCAUUUGCAUGCUGAGAGCUCACGGAGAACUCGGGCCGGUUGCCCUUGACUAGUGACGUUAAGGAAUGUCAGGGUCUCGAGCACGAAGCAGAAUGGCCUAUUCAUUUUUCGCUUAUGGCGUGUUCCAUUUUCCUCUGCCCCAUCCCGCCUCUACAGCACUGCUGUGUUCAGACUGGGUUGGUGGUAACACCAUGAGACGCUAAUCGCCAGCGAUGAUUUGGCUUUCCUAGCGCGCUUUCCCUCUGGCUGUGCAAUACUUUGAUCUAUUACUUUUUGCAGUGUGUGGAAACAUGCCCUGAGGGGGGGAACCCACGCUCUCCAUUGGGUGGAGGCUGGUAGCUAGACUUGGACUUGCCAUUUAAACAUCUUCAUGCAUUUUACUGACUCGUCCUUAAGGCAGAAUGUCUCAACCCCCAGAGCUACCUUUGACACAUCUUUGGGGAGUCGUGGAACUUGGUGCCUUCACUUACUGCACGUUGGAGCUGGCAAAACGUCCACCGUCACAUGGUGCUAGAAACCAGUGUGAGCGUUGCCUGAGUUCGGGCCUGUCAGAUUCUGCUCCCUGGCCCGGUCUGCCGCCUCACACAAUAAACCCUUUUCAGUUGCGCUCUUUUUGUCUGUAUUUAGUGACUGUCCUGGAUUCUGGGGAAUGAAAUGUUGGCUCAGAAAAACCGAAUCACAGCCACGCCGCUGAGAGUGUGGGUGUGGGGGAGCAAAUCUCUUGGGUUGGUUUGUUUAUUUCUAAACCUGGUGUGUGUUUUCUCUUAAUUUGGUCCUUAAAAUAAACUUGUUCUCUUGUGA